CAAUUAGUGAAUCAUUUCGUAAAAUGGCUGCCAUCAGGUGUAGGAUUUAUUUAUAAAGUGAAAAAUUAUUGAAGUCAUUCAUUUUCAAGUAAUCAAAAAUUAUCUUCGUGCUUUCCGAUGAUAAAGUCCUAUGAAUAAUUCUCGAGAUGCAUAAUAGUUAAGUAUUUUUAUAUCGGCGAAAUUUUCCGAAUGUAGUCGUAAUCACUAUUGUGUGACGAGACUUAAACUAAGUGCGGAAGUAUAAAAAAAGAGCGUAUGUGACGCUGUCAAAGGUACUUAUGUCAAUUUGUCCAUAACUAUAAGCGUUGAUGAAUGUCUGAGAGUGAUAUUUACGACUCGGCGGACGAAUAUACAAGCCUAAUGGACGGUCACGUCGCGGAAUCUCGCACGGACGAUUUGGGCUUGGUCACUGGUCGAAAAAGGCGUUCUCGCAUUAGUAACGAAGAGGUUGAAAAUGGUGUUCCUGAAGUCCAUGUUCAGACACCAGGUAUAUCGAAUAAUGCAAGUUCAGGUAGGAGAGGUACAUCAGGCAAUAGUGGCCAGGGUAGAUCUAGAAAUUAUAGAGAUGAAGAGGAAGAGGAAUUAAAGUAUGGAGCAGCACAUGUCAUUAAAUUAUUUGUGCCUGUAUCCCUUUGUAUGUUAGUUGUAGUUGCCACAAUUAGUUCUAUAAACUUCUAUACAACCAAAGGAAUGUAUUUAGUAUACACUCCGUUUCAUGAAGACAGUGCUGACACAAGUACCAAGGCUUGGCAAGCAGUUGCUAACUCCUUGAUACUCAUGAGUGUCAUUGUAUUUAUGACUGUGAUACUUAUUGUCCUAUACAAAUACAAAUUUUACAAAGUAAUCCAUGGAUGGUUGAUAAUAAGUUCCUUAUUGUUGUUAUCUAUGUUUUCCAUGUUAUAUUGCGAGCAAGUAUUAAAAGCAUACAACAUUCCAAUGGAUUUGUUUACAUUAGGCUUAGUUUUGUGGAAUUUUGGAGUAGUUGGAAUGAUAUGUAUACAUUGGCAAGGUCCCUUGCAAUUACAACAAGCAUAUCUUAUUUUUAUUUCUGCUUUAAUGGCGCUUGUUUUUAUCAAAUAUUUGCCAGAAUGGACAGCAUGGGUUGUACUAGGUGUUAUCAGCAUUUGGGAUUUAAUUGCCGUGUUAACACCAAAAGGACCUCUAAGAAUACUUGUUGAGACCGCACAAGAGCGAAAUGAGUCUAUUUUUCCUGCAUUGAUUUAUUCUUCUACAAUUAUGUACACAGCCACAAUGACUUACGCUGGUUAUGUACAAACCGCAACGAUGACUACUAGCGACAAUGCUACUGGUGACAGCACGACAUACACAAUGCGUGAUCAAGCAGAUAAUCAAAACAAUCCUGCAUCGGGAGAUGCAGAAGAGAGUGAUCGAGGAGCGAGGCGAGCGCAAGAAGUACGUGAAAACACUUUAUCCCUAACAGAAAGAUCAAGGCAACAAGAUAAUCGCGUUGCGCGUGAAUCACAAGGGCAGCAAAUUGCAAUUACCGAAGAAGAACGAGGUGUGAAAUUAGGUCUUGGUGAUUUUAUAUUCUACAGUGUUUUAGUUGGGAAAGCUUCCAGUUAUGGCGAUUGGAACACCACGUUGGCUUGUUUCGUUGCUAUUCUUAUUGGGCUUUGCUUGACGCUAUUGUUACUGGCUAUAUUCAAGAAGGCAUUGCCCGCAUUACCAAUCUCUGUUACGUUUGGUUUAACAUUUUAUUUCGCCACAAGGGUAAUUGUUGCGCCGUUUGCGGAUAAUUUAGCGAGCGAGCAAGUGUUCAUUUAACUGUAGGUAUGAUAAGCAUAAUAUUCAUAAUUUAUUACAAAAAGAUAGUGCCUAUUCAUAUAUUGAUCGUUUAGCUUUUGUAUUUCGUUUAAAUUCGUCGUUCGUAAUUUGUCAUUUACAAACUUAUACCACGGAUAUAUUAAUCGUCUCAUGACAUGGUACAAAUCAAGAUGAAAAUGUACAUUAUAGGAAACUGGAUGAACCAGUAUUUUUUAAUAAUAAGUAUUCGUUGAACAAUCACAUCGGAUAGAAAUCUAGUGUCUCAAAAAAAUGCUCAAGAUAUAAAUUUACAUUUGUAAAACGAGUAACAAAAAUAAUAAAUAAUGAUUGUAUUUAUCUGA